AUGGUUAAACUACGAGGACAUGCAAGAGAAUUUAAGGAUGGCAGAGUUAGUGCCUUUGGUCUAGCAAAGCUACGAUGCUACUCGUCACAACCCAUUCUCUCGGCCUUGAAAGACCAUAAAGGAAAGCAAACAGGGGAGGGCUUCUCGAAAAGUCGAGCAUUGCCAAAUAGCCCUGAAAAUAUCGAAUUACUUUCUCAGGAUAGCGGCAUGAGAGGUUGCUGGUUUAGGUGCAAUAUUAUGCACUCAUCAGAAGAACGCCUAAAGGUUCAAUACUAUGACAUGAUUGACGUAGAUGGACCAGGGAAGCUCGAGGAUUCUUCGGGAAUUAAGUUUGACGUUGGGAUAACUGUCGAUGCAUGGUGGUGCGAUGGCUGGUGGGGAGGUGUUGUAACUCUAUACGACACGUCUUUAAACUGUAAACUUCAAGUUUACUUACCUGGGAAGAACAAGUUCUUGACCAUGGAGAGGAAAGACAUCCGGUUUUCCAAAGACUGGGUCGAGAAUAAAUGGGUGAACAUCAGCGCAAAACCGAACAUUCUAUCUCUACCUGCCAACAAUAAAUCCACUUCCACAGCCAAUACAAAAGGUUGA